AUGGGAGUCCCCAAGCUGCUGACGACGCUGGCGCCGUUUGGCGACCGCAAGCCGCUGGACAAUGGCAAAGUCAUCAUCGACGGGCCCGCGCUGGCCUACCAUAUCGUCGGCCUCUGCAUGGCGGAUCCCGUGAUGGCCGCCGGCCGACGCCACCCGCUCGAGCAGCCGACCUACGCACAGCUCGGCGCGGCCGCCACUGUAUGGCUCGACACGCUUUGCAGCCGCCACAAUAUCAAGGUGCUGGCCAUCUACUUUGACGGCUACCUGCCUGUGUCCAAACGGCCGGUGCGGCUGGAGCGGUCGUACCGGACGUCGGCGCAGCUCAAGGAUGCCUUUUCGUUCUACCAGCGGGACAACCUGCCCGGGUUCGACGCCAAGGGCCCGCGCACGGGCAGUCUGUUGCCGGCACCUGCGUUUGCCGUGCCGGCCGUGCUGGACGCUCUGCGCGCCUCUGACACGCAUUACAAGACGGUGACGCACGUCGUGCCUGGUGAAGCGGACGCAUUUUGUGCGUGGCACGCGCGCAACCACGAGGCUGGCACCGUUCUGACGUCGGACUCGGACCUACUGGUACAGGACCUGGGCCCCGAUGGGGAUGUGGUGCUGCUGCGGGACAUUGACCUUCCGCGCGGAGGCGGCGACGAGGCUGGCGCGGGUUCCGCUGCAGCCAAAACGACAACAACGACAACAACGACAACAACGACGACAACGACGACAACGACGAUAGCAGCGACAACAACGUCACCGGCGGCGAGGCCGCUUAUUGUCACCGCCUAUCGGAUGGCCGCCAUCUGCCAGCGGCUGGGCCUGCCGGCCCCCUUAUACAAAUACGAUUAUCUCGCCAGCAACGAAGCGAAGUGCUAUAAACUCAUAAAGAGCGGCAAGGGGCUCUACGGGUUUGCAUUUGAGCUGCUGAUGGACCCGCACCUAAGCACCAGCGAGCUGGUCGGCCGUGCCAAGCAGGGGCUGGCCAUGGCCCAGCACCCGGACGAGUACGCUGAAUUUGUCGACCAGUACACCUUUCCCGAGGCGCUCUACGAGGCAGUGCUGCAGUACAACGCCAGUGGAUUGGACCCGCGCGUGGCCGAAGUGGUUUUGCAGAGCGUGCUUCUUGGCGGCGACAGCCAAGGCUACCGGGGCGACGCUCUGCUCAAGCCGGCGGACCUGCCGAUGCUCUUCUUUGCGCCGCCGCUGGUCGAUGAUUGCAUGCGGACCAAUGCCUGGGAAAUCAGUGCCCAGAUCCGGGUUCUGGCCUUUUCGCUGCUCAGGCGCCUACCAACGGCCGCCAACAUGGGCGACAUGUGGAUCCGGGAAUACGGGCGCAUGGCCUCCACGGCAUCGCGGGGGACGGCACUCGAGCUGUUUCCUGCAGAAGGCCGCCGACGUGUUAAAGCCCUGGACAAUUUUAUAUCACUGUUGACGCGGAUCCAAGCGUCUGUGCCGGCCUCGGCAGAAAACAGCAGCGAACUGCAGUGGGUCACUCUCGCUUCCUACUAUGACAUUGAGUGGUCCAAAGAGCACACCAAGCCGUCGGCCUGCCUCGAUGUGCUCCAGAAAGAAACACCCAGCAGCGGCGUGUUGGAGCAGGUCACCUGGACGGGCAUGCACUGGCUGGCGCAGAUCCAGAGCACGCUCUACUCGCUGCGCAUCCUCAAACAGAUUGUGGCGUUUGUGAAAUACCAGCAAAGCGAGCGAGCCGGGGACGACAAGCAGCUAUGGCUGAGGAUCGAGACGCUGGAGGACAUGUUGUCAACACUGACACCCCUUGCCAAGUACCCAACUCUGCGGACCCUCCGCGAUCUGCCGGCACGGCUCAAGACGGCUAAUGCUCUGGAGGUGCUGGUGGCGCUCGCCGAACUCCCGGCGUCGAUACCGUUUAAGCCGCCGUCCGGUUCCGAAACGAGCAAGAGCCGGAACCGGAACAAGAAACGAAAGCGGACUGGACACGCACCAGUGCGAGUACAGACUAUGACGAACCCGUUUACCAUUCUCGACGGAGCGGACUGA